AUGCAACAACACAUGAUGAUGAUGGACGAAGACGGUUCUGAAUUUCAAAAUAAUUCCACUUCUUCGAAUCAUCAUCCACACUCCAUCAAAUCAACCUCCACACGCAAAUCCUCGGAACAUGUAAAUAGAAAAGAUCUUGUUCGGAUCAUCAUCCAAGCCUUACAUUCUCUUGAUUAUAAACAAUCUGCUGCUGAAUUAGAGAAGGAAUCUGGAAUUGAAUAUCUCUCCAAAGACAUUGUAAAAUUACGUGAGAGUAUUAUGAAAGGCUCCUGGAACGAAUGUAUUUCCAUUGUGGAUGAGAUUUUGAAUCAAUCCAACUGCAAGAACACCCAUUUGGUGAAAUAUCACAUCUACAAACAAAAGUAUUUGGAGUUGUUGGAGAAUGGAGAAAUUGAGGAGGCCUUGAAAACUCUUCGGAAUGAGUUAACGCCCAUGAGUUUACCUUCUACUACUGGUUCCUUGAAUAGUAGUAACGGUAGUAGUAAUAGUAGUGGAGCCAGUAGCGGAAUGAAUGUUGGUGCCAACUCGAACAACAAUGUUGUACUGGACAAGUCCACCCUCAUGACUCUACAACAAUUGCAAUUACUUUCAAGCUUGUUGUUGUGUCCAGAUCCUCAAUCCUUAAAAAAGAAUGCUUGUUGGGAUGGUAAGAAUGGAACGUCGAGAAGUCAAUUAUUGGAAGAAAUUGAAAAGUACAUUUCUCCGUCAUUGCUCAUACCAGAAAAUCGAUUGGAGAAUCUUUUACUGAAGGCUGUGAAAAGUCAAAAAGGUAAUGAUCCCAUGUUGAUUUAUGAUGACAGUGAUGAGGAUGGAGAUGUCAUGAAUGAUGUCCAUCAUGAUGGAAUUCCUCUCCUCAAUGAUGACUCGUUCAAAAGGACUUCUAUUGCGAUACCCUCAAAAUUGUUAUGUACAUUAGACGAUCAUAUUGAUGAAAUUUGGCUUUGUAAAUUUUCACAUAAUGGAGAAUGGUUGGCCACCUCAGGAAUUGACUCGUCUCUAUUAUUGUAUAAGGUUUCGAAUAUUAUGGCAGCCACUCAAUCAUCCUCUCACGAUCAUGACAACACCUCAAUGAUCUACUCACAUAAUCUAAAGCAUAAUGGUCAUGUAUUGUCAUUGAAUUUUUCACCGGAUGAUAGGUUUAUCUUGACAGCCACAACGCCAGAGAAUGAAAUUUCAGUUUGGGACACUGUGGAUGGAAAAUUAAUUUCUUCCUCGAAAAAGUCAGUGCCCAUUGUUGCAUGCAUGUGGAACGACGAUGGCUCUUCAUACAUGGCUGUGACAGGAGAGAGGAAUUCUCAUAUAUUCAUUUGGGACGUUUCGUCAGUAGUGUCCACAAGCAAUGGAGGUAGUAAUCAUUCUUUAAGCGACUCGAUCAAGCUGGACACUCGAGUACAAGAUGCCGCCUACAUGGGCAAUGAUAAUAUUAUUCUCGCCACCUAUGACAAACAAGUGAUUAUUUUUAAUUUGAGAGAAAAGAAGAUUGUGGAACGAUUGAUUGAGAGCGAAUAUAUCUCAUCUCUCUUGAUAAGCAAUAAUAGAAGAUUUUUACUAGUAUGUUUGAAUUCUGAGGAGGAAGAACCAUCUGAAAUACAUCUUUGGGAUAUUGCAGAGAAGAGAAUCAUUGUAACCUAUAAGGGUCAUAAGCAGACGAGAUUUGUUUUGAGGCCAACAUUAAUUGGACAUGAUUAUGUUGCCUGCGGAAGUGAAGACUCAAAAAUUUAUAUUUGGAAUUCAAAGACUGGGCAAUUGCAGGACACUUUAUUGAGCCAUAUCAAUGUUGUCAACUGUGUGGCUUGGAACAAACAUCAACAAAUACUGGCCUCGUGCAGUGACGAUGCUACUGUCAAAAUAUGGACAAAUUAA